GGCGGCGGGUGCGGAGGAGCCGGCGGCGGCCGGAGCGGGCCGAGGAUGGGGAUCCUCUUCACCAGGAUCUGGAGGCUGUUCAACCACCAGGGUGAGCGGCGCGCGGGGCCGGGCCCGUUGGCGCGGGCGGUCGGGGCAGGGCCGGGCCGGGCCCGCCGGCUGCUCCGCGCAGGGCGGCUUUACGGAGCGCUGGGACGCGCACCGGCGCUGCCGGCCGAGGGUGCGGCGCCUUUGGGCUCGCCGUGAGCGAACUCGGCGCCGCGGAGCGUGCCGUGCCUGCCCGGCCGCGUUCCGGUGUUGGCACGGCUGAACCCGGACCGUCUGCGUGGUGGUGGCGUACGAGGCGGCUCCGCAGAACCGCAGCGUGUCGGUAAAAUCAGAACCGAGGAACCUCGCUUGCCUGAAUGUCUCUUCUAUCAGCGAUUCCGGCUCCGGGAGCUGAGCUCUGGGGUGCGGAGCCUGGGCGGGCUGCUGGGGGGAAGCAUACAUCUGGGUGUGCUGGGCACCAUCUGGGUGUGCUGGGCAACACCACCUGCAGAACUCGGGUUUCUUCUGUGAUGCAUAGGAAGGAAGGUGCUAAGCAGGAACGAUCAGCAGUUCUGGCACUGAGCUCUGUCAGUGCGUGCUCUGAGUGCUGGAGUAGCUUUCUGUUGUGCCCAUUGGUUUGUCUGAAACUAAAUUGGGUGAAUGAGGGCUGCCAGACAUAAAGCACAAAGUAAUCAUUGUUGGUCUGGAUAAUGCAGGAAAAACUACCAUUCUUUAUCAAUUCUCAAUGAAUGAAGUGGUGCAUACCUCACCUACGAUAGGCAGCAAUGUGGAAGAGAUCGUGGUUAACAACACACGCUUUCUGAUGUGGGAUAUUGGAGGGCAGGAGUCCCUGCGGUCUUCAUGGAACACCUACUACACCAACACUGAGUUUGUAAUAGUUGUUGUGGACAGCACAGACAGAGAGAGAAUUUCGGUGACUAAAGAAGAACUGUAUAAGAUGUUAGCACAUGAGGACUUGAAGAAAGCAGGUUUGCUGAUCUUUGCUAACAAGCAAGAUGUUAAAGAGUGUAUGACGGUGGCUGAAAUCUCUCAGUUUCUGAAGCUGACUUCAAUUAAGGAUCACCAGUGGCACAUUCAGGCGUGCUGUGCUCUAACCGGAGAGGGACUCUGCCAAGGACUCGAAUGGAUGAUGUCAAGGCUAAAGAUCAGAUGAUUUUUAAUGACCCCUUUGCACAGACAUUGCUUUAAAAAAAAAAAGCUGUACCCGUGGUUACCCUCACAGUGGCAGAAUUGCUGGGUUAGGUGUAUUUAUAAUGAACUGAUUUCAACUUUAUUUUCUACGUAGAUACACACACAUACACACGUAUAUAAAUUCAGACCGUUCAGCAAAAAGAAAGAUGCAGUUGAUGGCUCAAUUUGUUUUCCUGGUUGUUUUCCUCUGGAGAUGCGUGUGAAAGCAGUGAUCAGCCUUCCUUCCAAGAUACAGCCACUGAGAACAGUCUGAUGCUGAGUGUGGUGAAGAUGAAGCAAGAGAAAGAAGUUAUGCUUUGGGGUUUCAUUAUUACAUUGUAGUCCUCUCUAGUCAAAGAUGUGGCUUCGUUAAUUUCAGUAAAUUAGCAAACAAAUCAAUGGCAUAGAUAUCAACUUUCCAGUAUUUUUAAAGUUACUGAUGUUACAAAUGCAAAACUAUUUUCCUGUAUGUGUACUGUACAUAUUUGUGUAUAUUUAUACCUCAAUUUUAGGUUAAUUACAAUCUGUUCAGACCAGUGUGUAAAGCUGAAUCAGUAUGUUAACAGCAGUACUAAUAUUUGACUUUGCCAACGUGUCACAACUUCUUUUCCUUCGUUUUCUGUGUGGCUGUAACAUCCAUCAGACAGUUGGCUCGCCACAACUUUAUAAAGCAAGUUCUCUCUUAAGAAAACUGCUUGUUUUUCACAUGAUUUUUCAGUUUGAUUUUUUCAUGGUGGGUUGGGGCAUACAGAUUCACCAUCCAAUUACAGUAUCAGCAAACAGUAAAAAUUUGCCAAAGAGUUUUGAAACAAAUUUUCUUUUGAUCACCAUUGGAUUAGAUGAUUCCAAAAAGUGCGUGUCACGAUGUUCUAUGCUACUGCUUUACUUUUUUGGCAGCACGUGUUCAUUUGUGAUUCAAGGCUUGUAGAAGUACCUUUAGCUCUCAGAAAGGGAAAAAGUCUGUUGUUUUUUUUUUUUCCUUCCUUAACCAAAGAGGAGAGACAAAAGUAUGUUUAAAAGUCCCACUGGAAUCGUACAAAACUAGAUGUAUGUUGUAGUGUUUUUCAGAGGAAGAGGUACAGUUCUUUGAUAGCAUCAAAUUAUAUAUAUCUAUAUGCAGUGGUUGGAACUGGGAUGGGGAAGGGGAGUGAAGUAGAAGACACUACUUGAAAAGCUGUGAGUGACCCCUUGAUCAUGUUCCCACAGAAGUUCCAGGGCAGCACUUCCUGUGAAUAUAACUCCCUUGCACGGUCCCCAGGUGAGUUCUAAGAAAGUGUCAAACACUGUGAUUGUCUUUUCUUCCUGUAGUGUUUCAUGGGUUGGUGGUUCCGUAUGGAGGCUCAGAGUUACUGUGUUAAAGGAUACAGGCUCUUCAGUGGGACUGCAGUCGGAUGAUCUGAAAUAUUACCAGUGUUGUAAAAGGAUAUGUAGCCUUAAUUGCAGGCUUUUAUGUUGGGGUUGUGUGUUGGAAGAGUAUAGUAAAAUGAAAUAAAACUUUGUUUAAAACACCCUUCCCUUUCUUAGCUCAUACAACUGAUGAGGAUGGAAAAGACAUUUUAAAGAACAGGCUUGAAUUGAACUUUCUAAUGUGCUCAUCUUUGGUUAUGGGGUAAUGUAGUCAGUGCACCUGCUCUGCCGUUUGCCUGCCUCCCUGGGGAUCGUGUUGUGAAUGUAUGGGAAAAGAAGGGAGGCCAUUUCAAAGGUCUGUAUUUAACAAAGGCAGGUAAAGAAUUUAACUUCUUAAUGUAUUUCUGCUAUCUCUUUAUGAUGCUCACUGGCUCGGAAACCUGCUGUCUUUGUUAAGCAUUUUAACAUGUACAUGCAUAUAUUUCUGGUGCAUGCACAUAGGUAUUGGUGUGUAACUGGUGUGUUGCAAAAUGUACAAACGUUUGAAGAAAUAACAAUUUAAUGCAAAGAUGACUUUCGCAGUUUAUCUGAUGGUAUCUUUGAGAACCAAGCUCUGUGCACUCUUGCCUAUAAAAUGGAAGCGUACAUAUUCUAGUCCUAAAGAAAAAGCAGACAUGCUUAUAAACCUACGUGUCUGGUUUUUGAGUCUUCUGUCUUCCCUUUCAUGCCUUCAAAAUAUUUUGCUUUAGUGUUUUUCAGUACUGUACACUGUUGCCUGAAUCUGUAAAGGUUGUGUGUUGGUUUUUCUGUUGGUUUUCUAAGACAAGAAGUUCUUCCUGUUAACAGAGGAGAUAUCAUGGAGCAGUUUCAGUCUGGGUACUUCUUGAUGGAAUUUGCUGCUGACUCCUUCACUUAAAUCAGUAGGACAGUGUCCAGAUAAUGAAAGCAUGGUAUUUUUUUCCAGAUGUAGCAUAUGUUGCAACCAGACAUCUUAUAUUUACAUUGACUCUCCUUCUCCCCUCAGUAUCCUGGCCACUGCCACUUUGUGUGCCCGCAAAGGUACUGCAUGGUUUGCUUCAUCUCUGUCUCGUAAGUGGCAGCUGACCCCAGCAGGGAGCUGAGAGUAACUGCACACAUGAGGUCUGCUUAUUAAAACAGUGUCUGGUGUCCUUAAGAGCUUGUAAUCUGAAAAGUAAGUAGUUGUCUGCAUGUUGGAUGGCAAACAGUACAGCCUUAACCCAGCUAUGGAAGCGUCUAAUAGAUCACAUAGAAUCAUGAGGCUUCUUUUCUAUCUCUUUCUUGCAUUCAGAGGAAAGGUUUGCUGUUCAUUAGCUACAAUACAGUGGUGGCAGUGCCUACUGAAGCAUCACACGCCUAUAGCAUUCUUCAGCAGUGCUCAGGAAGCAAAGGCAGAUGUGCCUUCCUUGUACGUGCUAGGUUUGCAGUCUGUAAGGAGGACGGGUUGAUGUAGCAGCUGGGCAGCAGUUAUCACCUCUUUGUGAGCAGAGGGGACUCUCCAGGUUCUCACACACCCAGCAGUGGUUGUGAUCUCACUGAAAGCUCAGCAAAACUAAUGAAAGCAAAGGGCUGCCUCCCACUGCCACAGGGAAAGACUCUGUGGGAACAUCUGUCUGCCAGAAGGCUCCUCAAGAGAACAGGUCUAUGUACUCACAUUCUGAGGAGAAAAACAUGAGGUGGCUGUGCAUGUGUGUACCCUCACAAUAACGUUCUAGCUGUGAUGGUCUUUUCCUAUGCAUGCUGCCUUUCGAGUAAUGUUAAAAAUAUUUUUCAAGUUAGUCAUGAAAUAGAAGGAGUCCUUAAAUUUGGUCAUGGAGGAGAAGAGCAGCCAAACUCCUGAACUCACAGAAGCCCUUUUCAUGCACUUCUUGUUUACAGCGGUUUUCUUUUCCCUGGGGGACCGUUCAGGGCUUUCUGCACAGCUCUGCUCAUAGCAAAGCAAGUUGACUUUUCGUCUCUGCUGCAUACGGUUUCUCACAGUUAUUUUUUGGAAGAAAUUGUCCUAAUGAGUUGUGACCUUGAUUUGUGUUGCAUCUGUUUCCCCCUUCUGCACUGCAUUGAAUUGCUUUCCCUUUGUUCUUCAUCCCUAGGAUAUUUCACAGAAAGUGGCAGGUGUCUUUUAAAAAGGUUGUUGAGGUUUGUGCUAUAGAACAGCGCCUUACCAGCAAACAGAACAGCAGUGCAGCAUGUUUCAGUGUUCGAGCAGCAAGGUGGUACUUUUGGUUUAGCACAGGAUAAAGUUGGUGUGUUGGCUGUACUCAGUGUUCCUCCUGUGAGCUGAAAAUCACACAGGUUUUUAAUUGCGAGGCAAGGUGGGAAAUCCUCCCGGAGAUCUGCUCGGCCUCCCUUUUAAAAUUCCUUUUUUUUUCUAUUUCAGGGAGGGUUACUGUCUUCCUAUGCAUGAAAUGGUGUGUCCCUAAAUGUGUGUUCGGGUGUGAAUGCUGAUGGCUGAUAGGCACCUACUACAGUCUAUGCAGCCCAAGUGCCUACAACUCACGUACUGAUCAGUUUUUUCUUUAUGUGCUCAAUUUUCCAUUCACCUUAAAAUAGGUACAUAUCUAUGAAAGUUUGUGGAUGAGUGUUCUUCCCCUUCCUGUGCCCCACUUUUGUCCUGGUUGGUGUUACAUUUUCGUUCUUGAAGCUUUCUGUCCUCUAUAUUCCAUGCACUCUGUUUAUCACCUGGCUAGCUUUCUGUGUGAAAGGAGGUGAUCCAUUUAUCUGUGUAUCAGAUCUUUCUUCAAAGAACUGAGUUGAAAUAAAUUAAUCCAAGCAUACUUGGUCUUGUAAACCUCCUUAUUUGAGUAGUUCUUUUUAACUGGCUAAUGAAACAUGAACUUUGCUACUGUCAGACUAAUUAUGUCUGCCAAGAAGUUUCUCAGCUAAUUCAAAUGAAUGUAGUAUUAAACUUUUAAAGGGUGCAUCAUGGAGCAUUAUGGGAUAAGAACGAUGUGACGUUGUGAAGAAUGGCCCUAAGAAAGGACAGUGUCUGUGCACAUAGUCCUGGUGUUUGAUAAGGCGGUGCAGUGAGCAUGCUAAAUGCAGACAGUGAGGAAAUAAGUGGUUGCCACUGACUUGUUUUGCAUUGUUGCUUAGAAUCAUAAGCAGUAGUGGUGUCCUUGCCUUACCAGGGUUUCACUGGUUAACUUUUCUAUUGUACAGAAAGCGUGCUGGAAAUUCACGUGAGACAGUGGUCGUUCUUUAUAAGAGGAUCAUCCCCACAUACCGCCCUCUGUCCUUUCAGGCCAGAUUUCUUCUGAGCAGAGGCACAAGUUGGGUGUUUGCGUUGUUGGUUUUUUUAAGCUUUCCUUAUUUGUGAAAUUGGAAGACUUUGCUGCUGCUGAAAUAAUACAGAAAAUGCUGCUUUCCCUUGAAGCUGUAAUUGAUUCUUUGCAAAUCAUCACCAGCUCAGUGUUACUCUUGUCUGAAUGUUUCCUGUAUCAAGCACCAUGGAGGGCAGAAGAGUCUCCUGCUACAAAGAGAAGAUGUGCUCUUCUGCUAAGAGAAACAAACUUGGAUUGGAAAGGCUGAUAAAUGCAGGAGCUGUGUGAUAGAGGAGGGGUGUGUGAGCCGGGUCAGACUGUGUCCGCAGAGCUCAGUCUGAGUGUUUCCAGCAUGCCCUCCCCUGCUGUUACUGUGUGCUUUGCCAAAACCUUUUGUCUUGCAGGCUGUGAGUGAUGUGGUUGCAUUCUAUUCUAUUCUCACAGGGUUUUUGAAUUUUAGUUUUUAUUGUGAAGUUUCCUCCAUACAGGUAUGUAUUAAUGAUGUUUCCAGGAUCAUAUUUUGGUUCCCCCUUUACCUCUUUCUGUCGUUCCUGGCUUGUAAAACGCAGUGUGAGUGGAGUUGGAAGGAGCUCAUCUUGUUCUUGUAGCUCUUGUUUGAACGGGUGAGACACACAGAUUUGCCCUUAAUUGCUGGAGGGGCACACGCAGGUCAGAGGCUGUGCACAAUCACACAUACACAUUAAUUUAUAACCUCACAACUGCCAUCCUUGGAAAAACUAUUACUCCUCACUGUUCUAAGGUGAAAACACCGGUCAAAAUUUUACUGUUUGCAUUAUACCUUUUGCAUGUGUGGUAGGGAAACUUCUCAGAGCAAAUGUAUGAUUUCCCACACGGUUAUAAGGGUUUGUCCAGGCAUAACGUGGCAUGGGGAACUGUUUGGCAAAGCUGUGGUGAUGGGGUUUAUGCUGGGAGGUCAGUUGGUAAGAAUUGCAUCUGCUGGUUUUAAAUAGAAAGGAAAAUGGAAUUAACGGUGGGAUGUUCUUUUCCUUUAGAAAAUACUGAGUUGUAGUGGUGUGUCCACGUGUUGCACGCUGGUAGUGCAGCCCUGCGAGUGCUGGGGUUACAGGUAACUGCUUAGAAAGCACAUGGGAUGAAAUUGAAGCUGCUUUAAGAAGAAAAAAGGCAUGUGGCUGCUCCAAAGGUAUGCUGGUGGUCAGCGCUGGAGCUGGAAUUCAAUCUUGUUCUGUGGGUGUUAAUUUUGGACUUGUUGCUCUAUUUCUGUCUGCACAGUACUUGUAGCCGUGUGGUGAUAAUCUCUCAGAUAACAGUACUGCACAGACAGGUGUUCCCCGAGCUUAGAGACGUACAGUAACUGUGUGCAGCCUCCGCUACGAUGGCAUGAUGGACGGCAGAGUGCUUUCCUCUGCUGUUCUUCUGCCUGCUGUCUGAUGUGAGUCUACAGAUUGCUGUGUUAGGCCAGAAAAAUACACACAGAAGUAUUUUGGAAGGGUUUUAUUCCUGUGUGUUGUUGGAGUUCAGUACCUUCAUUCCUGCGCACAAACAUGGUUUGCUACCGCUGAACUCCAAUCACUUCACCUCUGCAGCCAACAGCUGAGCGUCCCGCAUAGAGCACAGCUGCUGCAGUGAGCCUUGCCUUAGUCAGUAACAUCUUCCGUAAGGGCAUGGAGUUGGUCUUCUUGAAAGAAAAAUACUGUGUUACUUUUUGGCUUUAUUUUUCUUGACUGUGUGAAUGCUGAAGACUGCUGUGUUCUCUUUAAUUGUCUUUAAGUUAAAACAUACUUACUGUUGGAUCCUGUUAGCACUUCUAAAAGUACAAGUCACGUCCUUACUGCUAUUGCACAGUGGACUUUGAUUUUUUCCCAAGUAUUUAAUACAGUUCUUCAACAUGCUGUUGAAUUAGAUGCAAAAGUACAGGAUCAUUAACAUCUUGGGAGCCACUACUUGUUACUAGCCUUGUUCUGUCUUGCUUUUUGCCUCGUUUUUCAGAACUGGAAGGCAUUUUUUUCCAGGUGUGUGUGUAUAUAUGUAUGUAGGCAAACUGUUGGGGUCAUGCAAAGUGAUGCAGGUCUUGGAAUAGCAACAUUUUCUCUGAUUUCUUUGUACAUAAAUAAAGACGUAGUAUGAAUACAGGUACUGCUGAAGACUUGCCUUUGAGGUCCUUGUACUGCUGAAUUCCGAGAGGCGCCCCAUUGUAACCUGUAUGUAUAGCUUUAAAACAUGAAUUGAUGGAUGCAUAUUAGAGCUGUAUAAACAACUAAUAAACAUUAUUGUUUGUAUUAA